UGUGAUGGAUCAAUUUUGCUGAACCAUCUAGGGAGUGAGAGGACUGCUUUGGAGAGCAAAACCCUCAGAGGGUUCCAAUUGAUUGAUGAUAUCAAGGCUGAGUUGGAGAGGAAGUGUCCAAAAACAGUCUCUUGUGCUGAUAUUCUCACUGCUGCUGCAAGAGAUGCCACUCUUUUGGUUGGAGGACCAUUCUGGGAAGUUCCAUUUGGCCGCAAAGAUGGCAAGAUUUCCUUAUCAACAGAAGCCAAUUUGGUUCCCCAUGGCCAUGAAAACAUCACAGCUCUUAUUGCAUUCUUCCAAGAAAAGGGGUUAGACAUUCUUGACUUGGUCACACUCUCAGGUUCACACACAAUUGGGAGGAGCACUUGCUCUUCUGUUAUGGACAGGAUUUACAAUUUCAAUGGGACUCAAAAGCCUGACCCCUCAAUCAACGUGUAUUUCUUGAAAUUGUUGAGGAAGAGGUGUAAAUCAGAGUUGGAUUUGGUGCACCUUGAUGUUUUAACCCCUAGAACUUUUGACACAAUCUAUUAUACAAACCUUAUGAGGAAGGUGGGGUUGUUGUCAACAGAUCAGUCUCUCUUUUCAGAUGCAAGGACAGCUCCUUUUGUUGAAGCAUUUGCAACACAACCUUUCCUUUUCACUAGCCAGUUUUCAGUGUCAAUGGUGAAACUUGGGAAUGUUCAAGUUUUGACUAGGCCUAGUGAAGGUGAAAUAAGGGUUAAUUGUAAUCGUGUCAAUACUGUCUAACUUCUGUCCUACUUAAUAUGUGGUCUAUUUCAUUGCUCCAAUCUUACAUUUGGAAUGUCAUAGAAGACAAUAUAUACAUGUCUCUACUUCUAUGUUGUAUGAGAAAUUACCUUUCACCUUGUUAAUUAUGUAACUAAAUGUAUUGAUAAAUUUUUAAUAAAAUACAGUUACAAUCUUAUUAU